GGCAUGCGAGAAGCGGGCGGCGGCGCGGGGCGGGCGGCUCCAUGCGAUGCGAGCGAAGCCUCCGCUCCGCUACACUCGCGCGCUCGGCGUCGUCGCGCCCUCACGCCCGCGCGCUCUGUACGACCCCGUUACGUAACCGCUAUUUACGCCGACAUCCUGUUGAGUGCGAACUGCGAGCACCGCUAGCGCGACACGCUUCUCACCGCUGACCAUCCCGCGCGCACCCGUCAUGAAUCCAUGCGAACACUACUCUAAUACAAAAGCCGUUACCAUGGAUACUAUUACGCACUCUUAUGGCAAAACCUAAAAACAUGUAGAAGACCGCGAUCACUGCCAAUAUCGCAUUCCUGCCAAAUAAUCUUAAGUCGAUUUUAUUAAUUAGAAUAACCGCUAGAAUUAUAACCGCUUUUUGCUUGUGUGAUGUUACUUAUAAAUAUUUCGGAGAGGUUUAAAAAGACUGAUAUUUAGUAUUUAAAUAAAAUUCCUUCCAAACGUGAUAGAAUCGAGACUGCUUAAUCACUUCCACAUCGCUUUGGACCGCUAAGCUUUUAUCACAGCUGAGCGAUAAUAUUAGGGUAAAUAAUGAUAAAUUAUAACAAAUGCUCAGUUAAAAAGCAACUCAACCGCUGUAGAUCGCUGUCCAAGGACGUCACGGUGGUGUCCUCGGAGCUCCCUAUCGAGCACGGGUCGUUCGUCAGCAAGAUUCGCGACAACAUCAGCUCGUGGGUGCUGUGGUGGCGUCAACGCCGUCUUCGGAUGGGCGCGCCGCAGACCCCAAAGCAAAUCGAGGAGGAUGAUUGCGUGCCCCGGGUGGCGAUCGUAGAAGAAGUUCGGGAGCAAGAGCGGAAGCUGGAGAAGCAGCGCCGGGGGGCUUCCUCAGGGCCUCGGCGCCGCGGGCUCGAGAACGAGCUGGAGGGCGAGCGCCGGAGGCCGCGCCGCAAGCCGCGGAAGAGGUCGCUGCCAAAGCUUUGCAGCCAAGAGGAGGAGGCAGGGAGACCACCACAAGGCGGAGUGGUAACCUUUGAGCCAAUUCAACACGACCACGAUUUUUGCGAGCGAGUUGUAAUCAAUGUUAGCGGACUAAAAUACGAAACCCAAUUACGGACAUUAAAUCAAUUCCCAGAAACACUUUUAGGAGAUCCGUCAAGACGGAUACGAUACUUUGACCCACUGCGGAACGAAUACUUCUUUGACCGGAACCGACCCUCCUUCGACGCAAUCCUAUACUAUUAUCAAAGCGGCGGACGACUGCGGCGUCCGGUCAAUGUUCCACUGGACGUAUUCUCGGAGGAAAUCAAGUUUUACGAACUUGGCGAGCAAGCCACCAACAAAUUCCGUGAGGAUGAAGGUUUCAUAAAGGAAGAAGAGAAACCUCUCCCUUCAAACGAACGACAGCGCAAGAUUUGGCUUCUGUUUGAAUACCCUGAGAGUUCACAGGCUGCCCGAGUAGUUGCCAUCAUCUCCGUGUUUGUCAUCCUUCUCUCUAUCGUCAUUUUCUGCUUGGAAACGCUUCCAGAAUUUAAACACUACAAGGUCUUUAACACUACAACAAAUGGUACCAAGAUUGAAGAGGAUGAAGUGCCCGACAUCACUGAUCCCUUUUUCCUCAUUGAGACUCUCUGUAUAAUCUGGUUUACGUUCGAAUUGAUAGUGCGGUUCUUAGCAUGUCCGAACAAGUUUAAUUUCUUUAGAGACGUGAUGAACAUUAUAGAUAUAAUAGCUAUCAUUCCUUACUUCAUCACUCUGGCCACCGUAGUCGCCGAAGAGGAAGACACGCUGAACCUCCCCCGGGCGCCAGUAUCCCCGCAGGACAAAUCAACUAACCAAGCCAUGAGUCUCGCCAUACUUCGAGUGAUUCGUCUCGUACGAGUCUUCAGAAUCUUCAAGUUAUCCCGUCAUUCCAAAGGAUUGCAAAUCUUGGGACGAACAUUGAAGGCAUCGAUGCGAGAACUUGGACUUUUAAUAUUUUUCCUGUUCAUAGGGGUGGUCGUGUUCUCCAGCGCCGUUUUCUUUGCUGAUAAAGAUUGCCCCGAUACUAAUUUCUCGUCAAUACCUGAUGCCUUUUGGUGGGCAGUCAUUACAAUGACCACCGUCGGCUAUGGAGACAUGAGGCCGGUUGGAGUGUGGGGCAAAAUUGUCGGUUCGCUGUGUGCGAUCGCCGGUGUGCUCACCAUCGCGCUGCCGGUGCCCGUCAUCGUCUCCAACUUCAACUACUUCUAUCAUCGCGAGACUGAUCAGGAGGAGAUGCAAUCCCAGAACUUCAACCACGUCACCAGCUGUCCGUACCUGCCGGGGACCAUGGGGGAACCCUAUUUAAUUUCAGGGCCGAUACAGAAGAAGUCGUCAAUGAGCGACGAUUCGUCGUCAGAGAUGAUGGAGCUGGACGAGAAUGCUCUAGUGGCGGACCCGCACUUGGAGCAGAACCUGCGGCGGCUGCAGGAGGAGGAGAAGUUGCUGCUGGAGCAGCAGGCGGCGCUCGAGGCCGGCAACAUGGAUGACUUCGCCGCCCUAGAGCACCAGGACGCUUUGCGUCUUAACCAGUUGCAACAGCAAGAGCUUCAGAAGAAGCAACAGGUGCAAGCGCAGCGAUUAGCGCUGCGCCAGGCGCAAAUCAACAACGCGCCGCCUCCGGCGCACGACGCGGCGCAGCGCCGGGAGCCGACCAUGCGCCGCCGCACCACCUGCACCGUCCGCGUCAACAACCUGCAUGCUGCCGAAGCAAUAGAAACGGACGUCUGACCAUUGGAUAAGGCGAGCCAGCGCGACGAGGGCGGCGGCGCCGGCUGCGAGCACGCGCGUGCGCGCGCAGUGUGGCGCGGCCGGUUGCCCGCGCGCUCCCCGCCGCCCUGCCACGUGUGAGCUUGGCUCACACACGCCGACCCCUCGUGACCCACAUGUCUCCCGGACACAUCACCCGACACCAGUGUUGAACGUGAACUAUUAGGUGCUUCACUUUUAUCUCAAGCGAACCAUUAGGUAGUAAUAUAGCGCCGAAAUGUUUGAAAGUAAGCUUGUAGCUUGCUGAAAAAUGAUAUACAUAUUAAGCUGCCAUGACUGGCUAUGUGCUACAUUUUAGUCAGGGUUAGCGGGAUGCGCGUUUUGCUCGUCGGCCCUGAUUGUAAAUAUGUACGAACAACUUCUAUGCCACCUAGAAUGGUUCUUCGUGAAUAUAUCAAUAGGCCUAUAGAAGUAUUCGUUCUGUACAUGAACCUAAAGUAUCGCUUUCUGCUUAUCCAUAUAGUUGAUUUGUAAAUAGUAUAAGAUGGUAGCGGCUCGCGCGCCAUCCUCCUGAAUAUGGACAAACGAAAGUGAUGCCAUGGAGAGAAUCAUUCUGUUGAACAUCUCUCCUCUUAGAGGUCUAAAUUUGUACUUUAUAUGACUCAGUUUAAGGCAAGACACAUUGAUUUGUUUGAUAAAAUCAGUGCUAGCUUCCGAGACAAUUCAAUAGUUGACUGUGAAGGCCUAAUCCGAAUAUUGGCCCUGGUAACCACUGGAGAUAACUUCAACCUAAAAAGUGAUCUUGUGUAUCUCCGGACGUAGUUGGCUAUCGGCGUUUUUAUAAUAAUUUAAACGACAAAAUUAUAUGAUCAGGUAUAAUGUACGGUCAAGAAAAUGAAUAGUACCUUAUCGUGUCUUGUUACUACAAUGACAAUAAGGCGCUAUACCAAGCUUGGUUCAAAACACUGAAUUAUUCUAAUUUUCUUUAAAUAUAUAAAUAAUUGUCGACUUUUUUAUGAGAUGGUCAUUUUUCUCAUGCCCCAAUAUUUCUUCUUAACGCCUAUGUAAUUACCUUAACUACAGACUAUUGUAAAACUCUUCUUACAGUAAAAAUGUUAGUAGGUACUUAUUUUGUUUAUGCGCAAAUAAAAAUAAUCGAUUAAUCAAGAAUUAAUGUAGUCCGAGUCUUAUUAGUACGGAAAUAAUGAUAAUAAACAAUUAACUAGUACGGAAAAUUACUAUUUCAACACACUUGCUCGUAACGUGGAAGUUAUUGAACCGCUUGAAGGCUCAUAAUCCUAGGAUAUUAAACACGCGUGCUUCUCUACUCCUUAUAUAACAAAGUCUGCGUCUGUUUGUUUGUAUGUUCGCGUUAAACUCUACAACUACUGAACGGAUUUUCAUUCGCUUCGCUUUCACCUAUCAAUAGAGUUUCUUGAGAAAGAUUAAGGUAUAUAAUUUGUUAACCCGAGCGAAGCCGGGGCGGGUCGCUAGUUUCCAUUAUAUUAUAGCACUUGUUAGGUUAUUAAUGAUAAUCCAACUGACUUAUGAUAGUAACUGAUUUCUAGUAAUAUUAUGGAAGGAGGUAUGGAAACGGAGCGUACUUAAAUUGAUCACUUAGAUUUUACAAGAAAGUCUGGAGGACGCCGGCGACCCGCCAUCCACCUGCCGGGAUCCGGUCGGCCGGAGCGGCAGGCAGUAGGACAGAUUUUAGACUUUUACUAACAGUUAUAUGUUAUAUAAAUAAAAUUUGAUUAUAUUAAAUUAAAUUGAUAUGAAAGCUUCCUUUUUUUCCUUGCAAGUGUGUUGAAAACGUAUGAAACGUGUGCAUUGGUCAUUACACACAUCGGCUUUCUUAUUACGUCGCGCGCACAAUAUCGCCUAAUGUGUAAUGACCAACGUAGCACACUUGUAUUACAAUAUUAACAUCUAAUGACCGUGCUAGUAAUAAUAUAAUAAAAUAUAUAAAUGUUCACAUUUUGUCCAACACUCAACUGACUCCAAGUGCAUGUUGUGUCUUAUCCAGCUUAAGGUACUACUUAAUGUUAAUGUAAUAGACGGUAUGGUCCCAAGUGAGUUAGGCAUUGCGGGUCAAGACUGAUAGAUAACUCAAACACCAUAACAGGAUCGCCUGAUCUUGAUGUGGGUUACACCUAAUAUAAGUUUAAAAAACGGGUAAUUUUACUGACUGUAUUAACUUAUGAUACUUACGAGUGUAAUCUUAUUUACUUACUACCCUCUAGGAUUGGCAAUGACCAUUUGCUAUGUACCUACCUACUGCAAUGCCUAUGAGUUAUUGGUGCUUACUUCUAUUGUGCACAAAAUGAAACUAAAAAGUGUCAAAAGGCAAUAUUUUCGAACUAAUAAUAUUCGGACUAAUGUCUAGUCAGAAAAGUUACUGGCUGCGUAAUACGUCUGCAUACUUACCUACACAUACGAGUACUAUACUAUACGUGUAUACAAUGGUGGGCCAGUGCGCAGCUAAUAUCUUUACUGACGGUGCAAAAUCGAAUCAGUUGUAAUGUUUCGUGUCAGUGUAAUAAGUAUUACAGAAACCGUUUCGUCACGUCCGGACUGGUCAAGGAAUUACUAUGCGAUAAAUUUUAGACUUCCAGUAAUCAGAAUUUACAAAUAAACUCAGACCACAUACAAAUAUGUAUUGCGCUCGAUGUCCAAAAUUUAUCGUACGAGUAUGAUACAGGUGUAUUGUAAGCUCGAUUGAUCGUAUUUGCAACGAGGUUGUGAGUAAUGUUAACAUCAACCUCGUUCAAGCAUGAGCAAAGAUAGAUUUAAGUUAAAGUUACCUUUGUUGUAUGUUGUGAUUCAAUGUAUGCUGUAUGCAACACAUUUAAUAGUGAUCAGUCCAAAUCCCCGUGUGUCUCGUGCAACAGCCUCGAAUUCUAGACACCAACGCCGCGCGUGGCAAUAACAUAGAUGUUACUUGUAUAUUAUUUAAGUGUCCAUUUAAUAUCUACAUUGCGGGGUAACCUUUGUCGUCAUCAAGUUGUUGUUCAUAUUAAGUAUACCUUAUAUAAAUGUUUGUCCAUUAAUGUUGGGAGGAAGGUUGUGAGGCGCUCAGGCGUCAAUCACUGAUUGGUACCUACAUUGCGAGGCAGUGUUAUAAUAAAGCAACUUUUACAAUGUAUCGAUGUGCAUAAUAGACCUAGUUCCUUAACAGAUCCCUCGCGAUUAUUUCUUUCACUAAAACCUACCCAGCUUUUUUCCACAUCUGUAGUAAAAAAAACUAAAUUAUGAUGAUCCAAGACAGUAUAGGUACUUAUGCCAUAAAAUAAAAGUUGCAUUAUUAUUGUUAGCUUAUGAUGUUACAUUUCAAACAUAUCCAAAUAAACGUGAUUUAUUGUUAUAUUAUGUUGAAUAUAAGUUAAUUGGAAGACGGACUGUUGCGAAAUUAUAAAAUCGCGUUGUAGUUCUUUAAGCAAACAGGUAAAAUAAUGCAUACCUAAAAUUUAAUUCAAAUAGGUGACAAUAAAUGUGACUUAUUUUAAACCUAAGCGAUGUCAGAGCCCAAACCUGCAUCGCAAGCGGUAGAACAAUGAUAACACGUCAUAUACAACUCUCAUGAUAUUUAUAGAUUAAUACAGGUACCAUCAAACUCAUAAAAGACACCGCCGCCAUACUGUAAGUUUUUACAACAGUCUGUCUUUUAAAAUACGGUUGUUAUGUAUUAAUUGAUUAGUAGUUAGAUUAACGUUCAACAUGUUUUUCAUAUCAUUAAUACACAUUUCAUAGCGAUAAACAUCUAGAUGAAAAGACAUUUACUUAUUAUACAAAAUAGGUAAUUACUUAGUGUUUAGUGUAGUUAUAGCAAUAUCGACUAUAGUAUAAGGAUUGCCCCUUUACUGGGCAGGAUUAUUUCAUGUAAGAAUGGUAAUUUGAGUGAUUCCAUGAAUAUAAAAUAGUUCCCAAACAUUCCUUGUGCAAUGGCAGUAUAAGUAUUGUUGCAAAUAGCAUGUAAUACAACUUAAGAUUAAUAUAUCAAUCCAAAUAUUGAUGUUUCGUAAUAAAUGUGAAUUGUUAAGUAAUAUAUAAAAUGUUAAGUUAUCAAAAUCCAAUGAUAAAAAUGAAAGCAGUUCGAUCUCCGACUCCACUAAGUAGCCCGCUGAGCGCGCCGCGGCUCGCCGAAUUCUGCCAACACCGCUCCGAUCUAACCCACUUGCCCGCCCUCCCAUUCCACACUCGCUACAUUUUUAUAGUAUCUAGUCUCUAAUAAGGUCAAUUAGUAAUCUGGAAUUAUGGAAUCCUACUUAAAUAAGGCUUUUUGGUGUGAAACUAGUAGGUUGUAUGAAAUCAUCUUAGCUCAAACAUUGAAAGGGCACCAGAUAUUAUAUAUAGGAGCCCCUGCACAAUGCAGAAUAUUGCAGAACUGAUACACUGAUAUUUCGAGAUUUCUAGUGUUCUGGCGACUGUAAUAGACCCGACAACACAAGCAAGCAAUUAUUCUGAUCCCAAAAAGUUCUUGAAUUAUCAUGUUAUAAUUAUGUUAAUGUAUAGAUCUAAUUAUUAAAGAGCCACGAUAAUUUAUUUCGUAGGUAUCAAUUGAAUCAUCUUUAUUGUAUCGUUUUAGGUUAUUAUUACAACAAUAUUGUGAUCAUAUCGACUAUGAAUUAAGGGUACGUGUCAAUUUUACAAUAUGUUGAAUUAUAUGAUAUGUUAAUACUAUUCGUUUAUUAUAGUUUUAACCCUUUCAAUGGCAACCACGGUACAUGCUCGUGUGUUAUUGAAAGCAUUUGUCGUGCUUGUGCGCUGAUGCAGGGUAUCUACAGUAAGUUAGAGUUGGUUAACC